AUGAAAGCUCUCAUUCCUAUAACGUCCGCCAUUCUCGGCACCACCGCCGUGGGCGUCUACCUCUUCCGCCAGAACCUCAAAUCCCGCAUCUCAAUAAAAGCGCAACACGGACAUCUUCCGCGCUCAAUAUCCUCCAAUAUCACCACCGCCCCCGAUGAGGUCUUCACCGAGCAGACAGUAGCCGUCUACGACUCGGCCUCGAUAUCGGUGCCACGCGGGAAACUCCCCGCUCUGCCGACUGAGGAACUGCUCACCCGCUUGAUGCGGCGGAAUAUGAGUAGCUUCACGAGAUUGCCGCAAGCGUAUAUCCUGCGAACGAUGAGUACAGAGGCCGAAAAGCCCAGUUUCAAGGCUGCGAACCUCGAGCGCCUGGAUUUCAAGGAGGGGGAUCUCGUCUGCGGCGCUUACCGGGUGAUUCUGCGGACGCCGGGGAAAGUGGAGUUUGAACUGAAGCCGAUGGGGGCUGUUCGCGGUCGUUUGGUGACUACGAUUACGGAGAAGGACGAUCAGAUAGUCUUUAUGAAUGAGACGUUGAUGUGGAAGCCGAAGGGGGAGAAGGGGGUGAUGCCGUUGGAGACUGCGGUGGGCAAGUGGAUGCAUGAGUUGACGGCGUGGUGGAUGGUUGAUUCUGGGGUCAAGCAUUUGAUGGGUUUGAAGAAUUGA